AUGCCCAUUCCCAUCAUUGCUCAAGGCCUUCGGGAGGGCUUUUCGUCCAUUCCAUAUGCCUUGACAUUCUUCCGCGUAGCACCAUGGGUGCUACUUCUCGGCGCGCUGAAGUACUGGUUCGAAGGAGCCCGCAAUGGCUCCGAGCGAAUGAUGCGCUCAAAAGUCAUCAUGGUGACGGGUGGCACCUCAGGGAUAGGGGCAGAAGUGGUCCGCGAGCUCGCAACCCGCGGCGCCCAAGUAAUCCUCCUAACCCGCCAACCACCCUCCGACAUCUUCCUCUCUGAAUACAUCGAUGACCUCCGUGAAAGCACAAAUAACCAGCUCAUCUACGCCGAGCAAGCCGACCUCUCCUCCCUCCACUCCGUCCGCACCUUCGCCACAAAAUGGAUCGACAACAUCCCACCCCGCCGAAUUGACUGCGUCAUCCUCGCCGGCGGUAUCACCGAACCCUCCAAGUCACGCAAUCUAACAGUUGACGGCAUUGACCCAGAAUGGCAGACCAACUACCUCGCAAACUUCCACCUCCUCAGCAUUCUCAGCCCGGCAUUGCGCGCACAGCCAGCACACCGCGACGUGCGGGUCAUCUUCGCGACAUGCUCAAGCUACAUCGGCGCUGAUUUCAGCAACCUGGAUUCCGUGACUCGUGGAAAGCAACCGGUCACUUCCAAGCGCACAAAGACUUCCCCUGCUCUAUACGCGCGGCCGAAGGGCGUCUACGGGCUCAGCAAGCUUGCGCUGACGAUCUUCGCGCACUCCUUCCAGCGCCAUUUGAGUGCUUAUGAGCGGCCGGACGGUCUGCCGUCUUGCACGCGUGUUAUUGUGGUUGAUCCCGGUCUGACACGGACACCUGGUACGCGGCGCUGGUUGACCCGCGGGACUUUGUGGGGUCUUGUACUGUAUGUCCUCACAUGGCCUAUUUGGUGGCUGUUCCUCAAAUCGCCCUUCCAGGGCGCUCAGAGUAUCCUGUUUGCGGCGAUGGAGCAGAAGUAUGGACGUGGUGGAGGCGGUUGGCUGAUCAAGGAGUGUCGAGAGAUGGACUAUGCACGGACAGAUGUGCGCAAUGACGAGGUUGGGAAGAAGCUGUGGGAGUUUAGCGAGAAGAUGGUCGAGGAGGCGGAGAAGGAGAGCGCUGUGCUGAGGGCUUUUGAAAAGAAGGCAAUGGAAGAAGAGAAAAAGCAGGCCGAGGCUGACAAGAUGAAGAAGCAGAGGGAAGAUGUGGCUUCGAAGAAGGGGAAGAGCGAUGGAUCGAGGAGGAGUCGGAAGGGUCAGAAUAAGUGA